GGAGCUUUCCAGGAGUAGCAGUCUUCGUUGCCCUGGGCUCCCCGGCUUGCUGAGGCUCCGAGCCCCGGCGCUUCCCCAUUCCCCCUCACGGUUUCCCUUCUCCCUCGUCUGCGUUUGAGGCCUGCAAGCCGUAGCCUGGCAGAAUGAGUCUGCAAAUCUUAAAUGACGAAAAUGUUAGUGGUGAUAUAACUGCAGAAACUUGUGACUUCCUGUUUUCACCACCGGAGCUAACAGGAAGAUCAUCAAUUUUUCGUACAUCCCAGAAAGAAAAUGUGCCACCAAAAAAUAUAGCAAAAGCUAUGAAAGUAACUUUUCAAACUCCUUUACGGGAUCCACAGACGAAUAGAAUUUUAAGCCCGAGCAUGACAGGUAAACUUGAGAGCACUUUUACCUUGGAUGAUGGUACAGAUGAUUUGAAGAAUUCUCACCCUCCUGCAUCAGGAUAUGAGAAAAAUCAGCGGGUAGCCAAGGAAGUUGAUAGGAAAACUAUGAAUGAAGAUCCUCAAAAACAAGAUACAAAUUCUGCCCCUUACCCAGAUGAUCUGCUGCCAGUGAAAAGUAAUGGCUCCUACAAUAUUGACUUGGGUAGUCUGGAGGAUUUUGAUCCAUUUGUAAACUCUUUCCAGAUUCCAAGGCCUUUUGAAAGUUUAUUAAAGUCUCCAGUAGUAACUAAUGACUCUGAAAUUGUCUUAGAAGAAAUUAACUGUUCCUCAUUGGAUGAUACUUUUCCAUUUAUUUCUGAAGACUCUAAAGAGUCCCUAGGAAUAAAAUCUUCUAGAAGCCCUGAAAAAAUCUCAGAGAAAAGUUGUGAUAGUAUAAGAUCUGCUUCAUUGACUGACAAAAGCACUAAUGAGAUAAAUAGAGAAUCAGCCUUAGAGGAGGAGUCAGAUGGCAGUGUGAUAACCCAGAAUCUUCCUACGAAUGAAAUGGUGUCCAGUAAGGAAGAACGGAAGUUCUCUUUGGACUCUGGACAGCCUGAAGAACCAGUUUCCAGUACAGCAUAUGAUAUCCAGUCUGCCAGUGCAUCAACACGUCUGGGAGCUUGUGACUCUGACUUUGUCAGCAAAGAUGAAGAAAAGAAGACUAAUUCUGAAUUACCAGAUCUUCCCCUAGUAGAAGAGAAGCCUGUGCAAGAGGUUGGGCCUUUGAAAUGCCAGCCUAUAAAACUAGAAUUUGACUUUUCUGAUAAUAUUGCUGUCAAGCCACCACCAAGUAAACUAGGGAAGGGGCCUGUAAUUAAACCUCUUUCUAAGAAACCUUCUGUAACCCAAGAGAGAGUGAAAAAAAAUUUGGCAAAGGAAAGCAAAUGUCAGGAUAAAGAAAAUAUGGACCCUCUUCCAAAGGGAUCUUAUAAUUUAGAUUGGGACAAGCUUAAUGAUCCAAACUUUAACCCAUUUGGGAAAAAGUCUAAGCCUUCUACUUCUGAUCAGCAGAAGUCUAGUAAGGAAACCACUCAGCUUCAAGAAAAUCACAUAGCACAGAGGGACUGUCUUUCCAGUGAGGAACAGAAUAGUGUGACUGUUAUUGAUGAUAUACCCACGAGUCAGCAGGUUGUUACCCCUGUUGCAGUUGCUGAAUCUGUGCUUCCAGAAGAAACAGAAACUUUGAUAGCAGGGAAUCAGGAGAAAACAGAAAAUUCUUCAGAUACUUCAGCUGACACAAGCAGUCAAGUCAGUCCAACAUUAACCACUGGCUCUCAGCUCCCCCAGACGGAUGAAUUGGAUGCAAAUGUCAAGACUGAAACUGCCAUAUGUGAAGAGGACUUCAGGUCUCCUUCACAAGUUUUAGGCACUGGUAUAGAAAUUGACUAUUUGGAACAAUUUGGAACUUCUUCAUUUAAGGAAUCUGCCUUAAGAAAACAGUCCUUAUAUCUUAAAUUUGACCCACUGUUGAAAGAGAGCCCCAAUAAACCAGCUUCUGUAACUACUGAAAUAAACAGCCUUCUGGACACAAGCAAGCAAUCUCAGAAAAAUCAAGAUGAUGCAAAACUUGAUGAAUUUGACUUCCUGGGAACACUUAAUAUUCCUGUAAUAGGACCUCCUCUUCCUGAUGGACCUGCAUGUAUGGGUGUUCCUGUGGCAGCCACAGACUUGGCUUUUUCAGUAGAUUCGAUUAUAGAUGUGUUGAAGUAUAGCCAGAAAGACAUGGAUGUGGCUGUAGAAGAGGUCAAACAAGAAGUGAAAGAAAAAGAAGUGAAAAUUCAAGAGUUGGAAGACAAAUAUGAAAAAUUCCAUGUGAAAUAUUUAGAGAUGGGGAAAAUUGUGGAAGAAUAUGAAGGGAUAAUAACUCAGCUGGUGGCUGAUGCUCAGAAGCAGAAGGAGGCUACCAAGGCUGAAAUCCAGAAGAUCUUGUCAGAAAAACAGCAAAUUACAGCAGACCUGAACUCCAUGGAAAAGUCUUUCUCUGACCUCUUCAAACGACUAGAAAAACAGAAGGAGGUUUUAGAAGGAUAUCAAAAGAAUGAAGAAGCAUUGAAGAAAUGUGUUGAAGAUUAUCUACUAAGAAUUGAAAAGGAGGAACGGAGGUACCAAGCACUGAAGGCUCACGCAGAAGAGAAGUUAAACCUAGCAAAUGAAGAAAUUGCCCAGGUUCGGAGCAAAGCGAAAGCUGAGACUCUAGCUUUACAAGCAAACUUACGAAAGGAACAAAUGAGAGUCCAAUCACUAGAGAAAAGCCUGGAACAAAAAACUAAAGAAAAUGACGAAUUAACCAAAAUCUGUGACGACUUGAUUUCAAAGAUGGAAAAGAUCUGACUUGAGAAUUUUGAAUUGUUCCACUUUUUUGUUUACCUUAAUUAGUCCUUGUUUCAGUGUUGUCAGUUAUGUAUGUGUCAUGUGUAGUCGUCAUGUGCACUUUCUUAACCUCUGUUUUUCCAUGUUACAAUAUACUAAAAUAUUUUUUUAACUUAGUAAAUUGAACUGUUUUAAAAAAUGUGCUUGAAUAAAGGUUAAUAA